AUGGAACUGGGGAAGAUUCAUCUAAACCUGAAGACACUACUCCUCACAACUAUGAUGUUCAAAUGGGGGAUCCUGUGCACGGCUACAUCGGACAAAUGUCUUUCAGCCCCAUGUCAAAACGGCGCCACCUGUGUGGACACUAUGGAGGACUACGCGUGUAUCUGUGCCAAAGAUGGGGUGCGCUACAUGGGCAAGCACUGUGACCAGCUCUACGAUGCCUGCUCCUUUGCUCUAUGUGACAAUUGCCUAAGCACUCCGGGCAGUGCAGAAUACCACUGCAUCUGCCCUGAAGGUCUGAGUGGAGACAACUGCACUGAGGAGGUGGAUGAGUGCCUGAGUAACCCCUGCUCUGCCCCACGCUCUCUGUGUGUUGACCAGUUAAAUGGGUACUUCUGUAGGUGUCCAGAGGGCUAUGGAGGAUAUGACUGUAGGACACAUGUGACAGACUGCGUAGACAAGCCCUGCGGGAACAAUGGGACGUGCUUACUGAGGCCAGAGGGUUUUGAGUGUCAGUGCGCCCCUGGAUAUGAGGGCAGUACCUGUGAGGACAAUGUGAAUGAGUGUGCUUCAGAGCCGUGCCAAAACGGAGCCAUCUGUCUGGACGGAAUAGCAGAGUUUCAAUGCUUUUGUGUGCCUGGUUUUCAAGGAUAUAACUGUGAGAUUGACAUUAAUGAGUGUGCAUCACGGCCCUGUGAGAACAAUGCCACCUGUAUCAAUGAAAAGGACCACUAUGAGUGCGAGUGCCUGGAUGGAUUUGCAGGUGUGAAUUGUGAGGUAGAGAUAGAUGAGUGUGAAUCAACCCCCUGCAGAAAUGGUGCCACUUGUCACAACCUAAUCGGCAUGUACUCCUGCGAGUGUGUGCCCGGGUUUGACGGCAUCGAUUGUGAGAUCGACCUGGAUGAGUGCGAGAGUCAGCCCUGUCAGAAUGGAGCCAUUUGCCACGACAUGGUCAACAGUUAUGCCUGUGACUGCACUGACACUGGUUUUGAGGGUGAUCACUGUGAAGUGGACAUCCCUGAGUGUGAGUCCAAUCCCUGUCAACAUGGAGCAACUUGUCAGGAGCAAGUUAAAGGGUACAUCUGUAACUGUUGGCCAGGCUACGAAGGGACCAACUGUGAGGUGGAUAUAGAUGAGUGUGCGGAGCAGCCUUGUGAAAAUGGUGGGGAGUGUUUUGAGCGCUCUGAUCCAUCUCAUUGGGAGAUGGACUGGGAGCUGAGUUUUGCAGAUGCAUCUGGAUACAUAUGCCAGUGUCAGCCAGGAUUUGCAGGAGAGAACUGCUCUGUGAACAUCAAUGAGUGCGAGUCUGAGCCCUGUCAGAAUGGAGGGGCAUGUUUGGACCAAGUCAAUGGCUAUACCUGCACCUGUACUCCUGGGUUUUUAGGUCUUCAAUGUGAGUUGAACAUCAAUGAGUGUGAGAGCCAGCCUUGUCAGAAUGGAGGCUGGUGUGAAGAUGGCAGAGCAUCCUACACCUGCCACUGCCCCAACCCAGAGCCUGGCGAGCUGCCCUGGGGAGGAGAACAUUGCCACAUCCGGCUGCAUGGAUGUAUUGAGCACCAGUGUCAGAACGGUGCCACCUGUAGUCCAUGGCUGGAUGGUGAGGAGCAUGUGCACACCUGUCUCUGUCCACACGGCUUCUAUGACCAGCACUGCUCUACCAGGACCACCUUCUCCUUCUCCAGCCCAGGUCUCAUUCACCUUGAGCUGCAGUUGGAGGAGAGGGAGAGGAGAGAGGUGGAGCAUUUGAAUCAUCAUGGGAUUGGAGUACAGCUGCGUUUCAGGACUACACUACCUAACAUGCUCUUGUUCUUUAGAGGGGAUGAGGAAAACUACUUGUUAUUAGAGAUAGUUAAUGGUGGUCUUUACGCCAAAGCUUUUUCUGAGGACUCUGAGCUGCAUGUAACAUUUUCUGAGCUUGUCAGUGAUGGAGAUUGGAGGGACGCCCAUGUGAUUUUAGACGAUCAGGGUCUAGUUCUGAUUGUCAAAGGUCCUGGAUGUGACCGAGACGGAUGCAAAGUUAUUGAUGAUGGAGCAGAUGAACCACGCUUUGAGCCCUCUUCAGCGUUUUCUCAUGUUUAUGUGGGCGGGGUCCCUGCGGAACUUCUGGACAUAACUGUUGCCAAGACAUCUUUUAUUGGAUGUAUGGAGGACUUGAUGAUUGACUCUAAAGCCAUUCUGCCCCAGAGUCUCCCAGACAACCAGGAGGUUGAACUGGGCUGCAGUAAGACCACCUGGUGUGAGCCGGACCCUUGUAGUAGCCAUGGACAAUGUGUGGACAUGUGGACCAGCUAUUACUGUGAGUGUCACAGGCCAUACUAUGGAGACAGCUGCUCUGAAGAAUACGCCUCAUGGACAUACAACCAUGAAAACAUUCUAAGUUUCAGUGCAUAUGAAAUUAAUAAGAACCAUGGCAGCACUUUCAAUGUCUCUUUCUUCCUGAGAUCCUUAAAGCCAAAUGGCCUUCUGCUCCAACUGAGGAGACCCUCCCAACAGAACGAGGGGGAAGUGUACUUCUCUAUUUACCUGGGCAUGGGCCGGGUAUUUGUCAGCUCUUUGUCCAGCAGCAUCCCUCUGACUGCACCCAUAUUUGUGACAACUGGAGAGAAGCAGUUUUUACAUGUUGUUGUGCAGCAGAAUAAGGUUAUCUUUGAGCACGCAGGCCUCCGUUACAGCAUUGGAAAAAUCCCUGAGGUCAACAUCAGUGAAGGAGACUGGGUCUAUGUAGGAGGACUGCCUGAACUCUGGAGCUCAGACAAAUGGGGUGGACAUUACAAAGGCUGCCUGCAGGACCUACGUUUGGGCUCUGUUCAUCUAGAAAUGGGACAGUGGAAAUAUUCCAAUCAAGAAGAUGUGUACAUUUCAAACAGCAAUGAAAAUAUCAAAGAAGGAUGUAUCAGUGAUGACACGUGUAAGACAAAGCCAUGUCAUAAUGGUGGCAAGUGUACCAUCUCAUUCAAUGAUUUUACUUGCUCGUGCCCAGAGGAGUACAAAGGCAAGACCUGUGAAACCCGAGUGUGGUGUGUAAGUGGUCCCUGUGUCAAUGGUGGUCACUGUGUGGACCUUCCAGAUGGAUAUGAAUGUGUGUAUAAUGCUACAUUUGAGAACAAUGCGGUGCAGUACAGUGCAGGUGGAUCCCUUGCUGAACCUGUUUCCAAUAUCUACAUUGAGUUUAGGACUCGCUCAGAAAACGCAGUCCUGCUGCGUGCUGCUCGAGGUGGGGACAUGCUUAUGGUUGGUGUGCUGGACUCUUCGGUGCGGUUAGAGAUCCAGCUCGGGAACACUGUAGAGGCUUUGAUUCUGUCUGGACUGCGGCGUGUGGAUGAUGGACAGUGGCACAGAGUAAACAUUUCAAUGCCAGAUCAAAAAAGGAAAGUCUCCCCGUGGGUCAUCACUGUAGAUGGCAUCACAGACACCAGUAGCUCCCCAGAAGUGACCGGCCGCCUGUACUUCCUCAAUCACAAGAGCACCACUCUAGCUAUAGCUCAGAGCUUUACCGGAUGUAUGGGAGCUGUACGGAUUGGUGGAGUCUACCUUCCCUUUGUCGAUGAUUACAGAGCUCCUCAGCCAUCCCAAUUUCAUUUAGUGGGGAAACCAAAGAUUCACUUGGGCUGCACUAGCACUCCAGUGUGCGACUCAGACCCCUGUCUCAAUGGCGGCACUUGUCAGGACCUCUUUAAUAAGUUUGGCUGCGUGUGUGACUCUGGUUGGGAGGGGGAGCAGUGUGAGCGGGACACUGAUGACUGUGUGUCUCAACCCUGCAUUCAUGGGAGCUGCAUGGACUACUUAGCUGGAUUUGAGUGCCAGUGUCACCCGGGAUACGUAGGCAGACUCUGUGACGAAGACAUAGAUGAAUGUGAACAUCACGCCUGUCUGCAUGGUGGUACGUGUCAGGACGGUCCGAACACUUACACCUGUGUAUGUCCCCAUGACUACAGUGGCCCCCUUUGCCAAUGGAGAUAUCCUCCAGAGCAGUGUGGUCGUGAUGUCCUCUGUUUGAAUGAUGGCAUUUGCCAUGAUGGUCUGUGGGGCGCUAACUGCACCUGUAUGCCAGGUUUUACAGGCAUCAGGUGUGAAAUGGAAAUAAAUGAAUGUGAGUCAAAUCCAUGUCGAAAUGGUGGUUCUUGUUUGGAUCAUUUCAACAUGUUUGUCUGUGAAUGUCCAUCUGGUUUUAGUGGACCAACUUGUGACACAAAUAAACUGGCUCACAAACAGGGUGUGCCGUGGCUGCUGGUGGCCAUCCCACUGCUUUGCCUCUGUGUUCUGAUUGUAAUCAUUGGACUGACAUUUAUGGUGAUGACAGCAAGGAAGAAGCGCCAGUCAGAGGGAGCCUACAGCCCCAGUGCCCAGGAGUUAGCUGGAGCCCGUCUUGAGAUGGGCAGCAUGCUCAAAGUGCCCCCAGAAGAGAGGCUUAUUUAA